CAUAUGUAUUGCACAACGAAUGGCAGGAGUAUGAUGAACGAUAUUGCCACUGACGAUGAUCCUGCGGCGAUACUAUUAGAAUAUUAGCGAUUUACGCUAGCGUGUUACGCUCAGUCAACCUUUGUUGAACUGAGGCAGACGAGAGAGAAAAAUUCUUAUCUGCUUUUAUAAACAGUCGCCUCAAUGGCGAACUGACUUUGGUAGCAGGAAUACCAAGAAAGGAAAUAUAGCGCCGCAAGCUCAACAUCACAUUGUGAGUUGGCCACAGCGCACUAUAACUCCCAAGAAGAUCAAGAUCAUUACACGGUAGAAGAAUUUGGUUGUUCAUGAAGUUGGCGUCAGAUAUCCGCGAUUAUCGCCAGCACCGUCGCGUCAUCUUUUUGUGCAAUAUCGUCUCCAAGCUCAUUGUCACUUCAGUGGUGCUUUUUUCAUCGUUUUCGACCUCAUUCGAUUCCUCACAUAACCUCAUCGUCGCUGGCGAUUCUCUGGUCGCUCGAUGGAGCCGUUCAAUGCUCCGUUGGGAUGCAUUCCAUUUCGCUCAUAUUGCUCAGAAUGGUUAUGUGUUCGAAUAUGAAUAUGCUUUCUUUCCGGGAGUCCCGCUGGUCAUGAGGGCGGUAACAGAAAUUGCGCGCAUUGCGGGUUUGGUUUCUUGGACUAAGCAACCAAGUGUAGAGCAACUAUUAUAUUCUGGUGCUCUUAGCACGCUAUUUAUCGACUCCUCACCUGUUUUGUACGAAUUGACGCUGGCGGUGACGAAGUCGACACAGUUCGCGCUUCUCUGCAGCUUGCUGCUGUCGUUGCCAACGUCGCCAGCAACGCUCCUUUUUGGGACGUACGCCGAACCCUUCUUCUCUUACUUUGCGUUGCGAGGGAUGCUGCAUGCUGAACGCCAACAGUUUGGUUCGGCAGCAAUCUAUUUCGCUCUCGCCACCACAUUCCGGGCGAACGGAGUGUUGCUCGUGGGCUACCUCAUGUGGGGAAUGGUGGUAGUGCCGUUACUUCGAUUCCAAAGAACCCCUCAGGUAACAACUGCGACGGCUGCAACAGCGUUAUUAUACGUCACUGUCUCCAUUUCUCCGUUCUUUCUGCACCAAAUACUGGCGUUCCAAUCUUUCUGCCACACACCUUCCGUUGGGUUAUUGCCCGAAUGGUGCGUAUCGACUAUUCCCUUAAUCUACCCGUAUGUGCAAAGCAAGUAUUGGAAUGUCGGUUUUCUGAAAUAUUGGAGAGUGGCGCAAGUCCCAAACUUCAUUAUGGGUGGACCUGUCCUCACCUUAUUGCUCUGGACAUCCGCUUAUCACUUCAAAAUGGGCGUUUUGGACGUCGCACGGGUUGCGUCCAGUCACAGAGCCGAACACAAGCCAUGUCUUCGGAGCCCCCUAGACGUUCAACGUAUUCGUGUCAUUCCUUAUGCUUUGCAUGGCCUCAUCUUUGGCUUGAUCCUUUUAUUUGCCUCACACACUCAAAUUGUGUUGCGACUUGCGUCCUCACUGCCAAUAGUAUAUUGGGCAACAGCAGACCUGCUCAUCCAUAGAAAGAGGCUGGCUCGUUCCUAUAUUGCAUGGAAUAUUGUGUGGUACGCAGUGUCCUGCGUAUUAUGGGGCGUUUUCUUGCCCCCAGCUUAGGAUGUUGCCUGGUUCACCCCAUUCUUGCACGGACAAUUUAUUCGCACGAUAUUCCCUGCACCCCUUUGACGUGAAAGUGGUCUCCAAUUAAUAUUGUAGGUAUUAACGUUAACCCAUCAUAUGCAUCUGCAGGCCCUCACUAGUCUCGGUGCCAGACUCUCUGGUGGGCUGCGCGUGACCAUAGGGGCAUUGAAUUGAUGUGUUGUGUUGUGAACACCGCUUAAAUCCGCGACCAGAAGGCCUGGGACCGAGGCUAGGCCCUCACUUGAGCGGGUUAUUCUUGUACAGUUUCCCUCAACACCCCACUACGUUUACCAAGAGUUCGUCAGACAAUAUCGUCUUCAUAUUUGUGCCAUGUUUACGUAUUUCUACGACUCAUUGCACUGUGGGAAGUAAAGGGCCGUAAAAAACCAUUUUUGGUCUGGUUUUUGACCAUUUACCAUUGUUUUCGUGAUAUUUUUUUCAUUGUAAAUUACAAUAUACG